CGAGGCUUGUGGCACCUAAUGCGCUGUCACCCGCCAAAGUUUGUUUUAAAAUAUUAUUAUAUUGUUUGCUGCGACUCCGCAUUGAAAGAAUGAAUGAAUGCUCACGCACUCUCUUUUCCUCUUUCUUUCUUUCUUUUUCUUUCUUUCUUUCCUUCAUUCUCACUCUCUUUCACCCUUUUCUUGCAUUCUUUUUUUUUAUUUUUUAUUUUUUAUUUUAUUUUAUAAUACAUAUUUUAGAACCACAUUUACAAUUAGUCAAUUGCUACUCUUCUUCUUUUUCUUCCUUCCUUCCUUCCUUUAUUCUUCUCUCUAUACUGCGUUUGUGUAUUACUGAACUCAUCCACACUCGGUCCUUGUUUCUCGUCUUUUUUUCUUCUUCUUUUCCUUCUCACUAAAACCGCUCCCCGAGUAUUUGGAUUUGUUUCUCUCUGUGUACAUUUAAUCCUACCACUCUCUGUCUUCACUCAGCCUCUGUGAUCAGCCCAUUGCUAUUCCCUGAGGUGAGUGACCCUCUAUAAUACAAAGACCCUUUGACACUUCGUCC